AUGUUUCACUUUUUGGGAUGGUUGGAUAACUUAACUGGCUUGGUUGCAGGUUUGAAACAUACUUCCAAAGCCUUACAUGAUUUCCUUGAUCAAGUGAUUGAAGAACAUGAGAAUUUAGUGAGGAAUAAUGAAUCUGAUAAGAAAGACAUUGUGGACAUUCUUCUUGAUCUGCAAAAUAAUGGCAUGCUUGACAUAGAUCUUACUCGAGAGAACCUCAAAGCAAUCCUAAUG